AUGCCUGACAAUAUGAAGACCAAAGACCCAGAGUCUUCUGAUCGUCCGCCUUCACCACCUGCCUCCUUCCGGGACGCAACUACAGAUGCCGUCUUUGGAGAUAUAACUGAGAAUGGACCCAACUACCGCGGUCUAGGAUGGUUUGCCACUACUAUUCUCAUGACCAAAACAAUGAUUGGCCUUGGUGUCCUAUCCAUUCCUGCUGCCUUCGACGUGUUAGGUAUCAUUCCCGGAGUGCUCUGCCUCUUAGCCGUUGCAACAAUUACCAUUUGGUCGAUGUUUGUUGUGGGGUCGUUUAAGCUAAACCACCCGGAGGUUUAUGCUAUCGACGAUGUUGGUUACAAACUGUUUGGCGUUACGGGAAGAGUUCUCUUCGGGACUACCUUCUGGAUCUACUGGAUUUUCGUUAGUGGCUCUGGACUGCUCAGCUUGUCGAUUGCUUUGAAUGCGAUUUCAACCCAUGGAACAUGCACUGCGGUGUUUGUGGCCGUUGCAGCAAUUAUAACAUUCUGUCUGACAAGUAUUCGGACACUAGCCCGCAUAAGCUGGAUUGCUUGGGUCGGGCUUUUCAGUAUACUAGGAGCUAUCGUUACCCUUACUAUUGCUGUUGGUGUCCAGGAUAGACCUGCUAGCGCUCCACAGCAAGGCCCCUGGAAAACUGACUACCAGCUGGUUAAGAAACCAUCGUUUCUAGAGGCCGUAACGGCAGUUUCCACCAUGGUCUUUGCGUAUUCGGGUACUAGCGCAUUCUUUGCAAUUGUCGCAGAGAUGCGCGAACCUAGGCACUAUGCUAGGUCACUAACAAUCUGUCAAUCCAUCGUUACUGGGACAUACCUCAGUAUUGGAGUGGUGGUGUACUAUUACUGUGGGUCUUUCGUCGCAUCGCCCGCGCUUGGAUCAGCUGGCGUUCUUAUGAAGAAAGUGACAUAUGGUCUUGCCAUCCCAGGUCUUCUUGCAUCUACAGUCAUUCUUUGCCAUGUGAGUCUCUAUCUCUUUGAAGUUUCCGCGUUUGUCAAAUCUUAUAUCUUAUACCAGGUAUCAAGCAAGUACAUAUUCGUUCGCUUGCUUCAAGGUAGCCAUCAUUUGACAGCAAACACUUUCCGGCAUUGGGCUACCUGGCUUGGUUGUACAUUCGGGGCCACUAUUACUGCAUAUAUCAUUGCAAGUGCUAUCCCUGUCUUCAAUGACCUAGUGUCCCUUGUCGGUGCACUAUUGGGUACAAUGAUGUCAUUCCAGCCCAUGGCCUUCAUGUGGCUCUAUGAUAACUGGCGAAGAAGCAAGGGCGAUCGAAAUGCUGCUUGGCACUUUAUCGUCGCAUGGUGCAUAUUCGUCUUUCUUGCCGGAACAUUUCUCAUGGUUGCUGGAACGUACGGCUCCGUUGUUCAAGUUGCCAACAGUUACAAAUUGUCUGGAGGCACGGCUGCUUGGUCAUGUGCCGACAAUUCCAACUCUGUAUGA